AUGGGGCGGCCGCGAUGGUGGCUCCUGAUCCCGCCGCUCCUCUGGCUUCUCCUGCCGGGGCCGGUGCGGAGCCUCGGAAGCAAGCGGAGCCGCCCGGAGGGCCUGGCGCGGGGCAAAGUGGAGUCUUGCGGAGGAUGACGAUUGAAUCGCUUGAAAGAGGUGAAGGCCUUCAUCACGGAGGAUCUCCCUCUUUACCACAACCUUGUGAUGAAGCACCUCCCUGGAGCUGACCCUGAACUCGUGCUGCUGAAAUUCAAACAUGAAGAGUUGGAGAGAAUUCCAUUGAGCGACAUGACCCGGGAAGAGAUCAACCAGCUCGUGCAGGACUUGGGGUUCUACCGGAAGGAGUCACCUGACUCGCCAGUCCCUGAGGAGUUUCAGCUUGCUCCUGCCCAGCCCCUGCUCACCUCGGAGGAGGCGAAGAAAGACCCUGUGGCAAAAAGAAAGGGUGGUGCAGAAGACCUCUAGACCUGCUGCUUAAGAAAACCUCAGGGGUGGAUGCCGGUGUCGGCAACACUCGGAAGACUGCCGGUGCUCCAAAACUGCACAUAUGUAGAUGAGCCAUGCACCAGGAAGCUG